UUUUUGAACUGACAAAUGUUUUCAUUCUUCUGUAGAGUGUGUCAGCCAUUACUGUAAAAUCCAAGAAUAGAUUGCUCUCAGUUUCAAUAAGUAAAACUUUCUUGAAAAUUGGACUCUUCAGCGAAACUUUCUCUACCCCAUUUCUCUCUUCAAUGAGUUAAUGUUAAAAGCAGAGUAAAAGUUUUCAGUUUUGUGUUUCUGUUAUAGCAGAGUAAAAGUUUUCAGUUUUAUGUUGAACAAGGUGUACCAUUGAAAUAGGUGUCUGGUAUAAAUGGCAAAGAAGAGGCAUAGGACGAUUUUGAACAAAACAGAAAUUGCAGAAGAUUGGUGUUUCGAAUGCAAAGACGGAGGAAACCUUAUGAUUUGUGAUUAUGGGGACUGUUUGAAAGCUUAUCACCCUGUAUGUGUGGGGAAAGAUGACUCAGUCUUGACAAGUGAUAUCUAUUGGACAUGUGGAUGGCAUACAUGCUUAGUUUGCAAGAGAAGUUCAAAUUAUCAGUGUUAUUGUUGUGAUAGAGCUGUAUGCUAUCGCUGCAUUGGUCGUAUCAAUUUUGUCCUUCUUAAAGGGAAGCAUGGAUUCUGCAAUAACUGCCUAAAGCUCGCAUUGCUUGUGGAAGAAGACAAAAGUAUUGAUUCUGAUGGGGAAAGCGUAGACCUCAGAGAUCGGGAAACAUACGAGGGCCUUUUCAAGGAGUAUUACGAGAUAGUAAAAGAAAAAGAAGGAUUUGACAAGAAUAGUCUCCUUGCUGGUAAGGCUAAACUAAACAAGGCGAAGAUUAGCCAAAUUAGCUCUGAUUCAGAUAAACAUAGUGAAGAAGAGGACGAACACAGUGAAGAAGAGGAUGAUCAGAUUUCUUCAGACAAUGAAGAUUUCAGUGACAGAGAAUCUCAGAAGAAAAGGCUUAAAAAGAAGAGAUGUAUACAGCAUAAAACAAAGAUGCAAAGAAGUGUCAAUCUAAAGAAAAAAGUAUUUGUUGGAUGGGGAUCAAAAACUCUAAUUGACUUUCUUCAGUUUGUUGGGCAAGAUACCAGAGAAAAAUUAUCCCAAUAUGAUGUGACAUCGAUAGUAACCAAAUAUAUAAAAGAACAUAACCUAAUCCAUCCAGUUAAAAAGAGAAGAAUCCUUUGUGAUGCUCGGUUACAAGCUGUUUUUGGGAAGAAAGUGGUAAACAGACACAGAAUAUUUAGCCUCCUUGAAAGCCAUUUUCUUGAAAAUGAGGAGCAAUUACAAAAGGAUGAGCUUGAUCAUGAUCUCGAAGUCGAUGACACAGAAAUUUUGGUGGCUCCUAAAACUGAGAAAAAGGUUGAACAAAAGAAGAUGUCCUCAAUUUGGUAUUCAAGUGCAGCACAAAGUCAAUUUGCAGCCUUGAUUCCUAAAAAUAUCAAACUCGUUUACCUGAAGAGGAGCUUGGUGCAGGAGAUGAUCAAGCAGCCUGAGUCCGUUGAAACCAAGAUUAUAGGAAGUUUUGUUCGGCUCAAGUUAGAUCCACGUGAUUAUGAGCAGCGUAACUCUCAUCAGCUUGUGCAAAUUGCAGCGAGUAUUUCAGGAAUCAAGCUCAGAUCAAGUGAUAAAUGCAACAGUGAGACUUCAAUUCAAGUUUCAAAUAUGGCCAGAGAUGUUAGCUUGACCAUGCUUUCUGAUGAUGAGUUUUGUAAGGAAGAAUGUGAUGAUCUGCAGGAGAAGGUGAAAGCGGGUCUGCUUGAAAAGCUUACAAUUGUGGAGCUUGAACAGAAAGCUAAAAUCCUUCAUGAGGACAUCACAAAGCAUGGGAUUGCUCGAGAGCUGGAAGUGUUGCAAAAAAAAAUUGAUCGAGCAAAUGAGAAAGGAUGGAGAGAUGAACUUUACAAGUAUCUGCAGGAAAGAAAGCUCCUACAGGAUGCUUCAUACCUGUCAUUUAAGCUGCAUAAUAUUCCUGCUGUGAUUCCAGAGGAAGUAGAGCUUGAAUCUCUUGAUAGGAAUGAUGAGACAACCCCUGUGAAACAGAAUAUUCCUGGAGCGACUGCCAAGAAAGAUGAGAGGGAUGGCAAUUAGAUGGCGUCAAUGUGCAGCAGAUGAGACGACUCCUACUGUAGUUGUCAAAAUGUGAAUUGAAAGAUGGAGCACCUGGCUCAGGUAGUUAGUAUAUGUAAUGUAGCUUUUUUGCAACUCCCUUGGUCAAAUUGGCAUUGUCAAGCCUUUCCUGGAGGAACUUUAGUAGGACAAAUGCUUCUAUCAGUUGCAGGUAGGUCUUACCAGUUAAAGACUCUUUUUUUCGAACCGCUCUAGUUAUAAGAAAAACCAGGUGUAGUCAUUUUGCUCCUGCCCUAUAUCAUGAUUCAUGAGAAUGGAUCAAGGGUUAUAUGGUGUGUUCUGUUCAACUUAAUGCAGCUUAUCCCAGAAUUUCUCGUCUGGACUUUGCAUGGAUGUAAUAUCCAAACUAAUAUUUACAGUCAAGAGUAGUAUACUUCUCUCA